AUGACGCGGCGCGAGGACAGGCUAGACGAGCCGAUAUACGCGCAAUACAGGUUCUCACACACAGUGCCCUCGGGGCAAGGCAUCGCGCCGCACAUCAGACUCCUGAGUAUAUCAGAAGACAUUCUCGCGACGGUACACGGCGAACGCGAUGUUCUCAUUUGGAAUGUCAAGCUCAACUUGCCUCCUCAGCGCAUCGAAAUUGACAUCGUCCUCGACCACAUUACGGGCAUUGCAAUCUCUCCGGCGAGCAGCAAUGUUAUCGCGCUGUCGUUCCAGUUGGGCUCCAAAUGCGAGGUGUGGACGUUCAACUGGGCAGACAAAACCCCCGAGGCAAUGUUCACGACGGGAUUGGACUUCCACUCACCACAAUUUUCGCCUGAUGGUCGCUUACUCGCGUGGAUAUCGGCCGGCUGCGUGGACGUUUGGGAAACAAUCAUCGACACGCACGUCCAGACAAUCAGCGAAAGCAAGAAAGUAACCAGCGGCCGGCCGGUUUCCAGGUUCGCAUUCUCGACGGAUUCAAGUCGACUCGUUACAGUGGAUCGGUCGGGAAGGCUGGUAAGCUGGGACAUCGCAACAUGGUCGUACAUUGGCGAAUCGAAAGCUCAACCGGCGAUGGACAACAGCGGGUGGGAACCAGUGCAGCUCGUUACAGAUGCUAGGCGUGUCAUGAUGGUCUCUCGCGGUGUAGACGGCGAAGUUCCGCAAAGGUGGAGGUUGACAACAUGGUGGCCGAGUAGCGGUAACAGGGCGGAACUCGAGAUGGACGGAUGCGUGUAUGGUUGCGUUCCUGGAAAUUGCGCAUUUGUGGCGACGGUGCAAUCGGACGGGGGAAAGCUGCGAAUUCGAGACGCGAACAACGGCAUGUGCUUCGACCAGUCGACUCAAGGCAUAGCGAAACGUGGCAAGACACCUUCGGUGGUAAUGGGGGAUAUGGUGAUGAGUGGAAAGAUUAUGGUAACGCAAAUUGCCAACGGAAGGACGACGAUAUGGCAGUUGGUGGCCACGGAAUAG